CAGUCAGAACUCUUGAUUCUCCUGGCAAAAACACUGUAUUUUGGUCAUUUAUUGGUGGAUUUCUUUCAACAAAUAUGAUAAGGGCUAGUGAGUGCCAUUCUCUGAAUGGCCACUAUGGCCUUAGAAGGACUGCUGUUCUACCAAAACGCCUUCAAGAUUACUAUGUGGAAGGGUUGAGCCUGUCUAAAAAGAAGUGUGUCCACACCAUGACUAAUGGUGCAAAUGGACACAGUUCUACUAUACAGGCUCCUCUCCACCAACCUGUCUCCACUGAGGCUACCUGCAACAGCAGCUGUGGCCCACUGAUCCUGCGUAUAAAAAGAACUGGACUUCCGGGGUCUCGCUGUGGAUUCAUCUCAGAGUUUGUCAUCCCCUCCACUCGAGAGGGAUUGCAGACCACUGUUGGAGGAAGCAAGCCAACUCAGCCACUGAUUUCAAGAAAUGAGCAAGCAGCUGAUGUUGCACAAGCAGCAGAGAUUGGAGUGGGUUCUCAGGUUGACAAGGAGAUACCUGUUGUGCCCAAGGCGCCCCUCCAGGAGACACUUGAGAUUGCCUCCAUCUUACUGAGCCUUGGACAACCUGUUCACCAGCAGAGCACUGUCCAACAAGGUGAACCUACAUUCCUGGCAGCUCCAGUAGCUCAACAUGGAAAAUUUAGGGUACACCAGGAUCAUACGUAUUGUAAACAGCAUGCCGAAGCUAGUGCCAUCAGUGGCCAUGUGGACAGCAGUGAGGCCAAAGGUCGCAGAAAGAAGCUGGUCAACCCUUGCCACAUCGUGCCCUGUGAAGUGCAGACUCCAGCCCUACAUGUCCAACUGUCUGGGCCCCAGAAUGUCUGCAGAUCAGGACUCGAUACCCAGCCAGGUGCCAGCGGAGGUGACACUGCCAGCUGCGAGACCAAAGGACGGAGGCGCAAACUGGCCAAGCCUCGUUGUGCCAUGCCCAGCAAAGUGCAGAAGCAGGCGCCCAAGGCCCUGAAUGACCUACCGGCUGCUCCUGUCUGCUCUCAGGCAUCUUUUGCAGGUCUACCCUAUAGCCUCAACCAGGUGUUAGGAAUACCCCAGACACCCUGCCAUGGUUUCAUCGGUGGCAAAGACCAGCAUGAUGGAAAGAAAUUCAGUCCUCAGGACAUUAACAUCCCCUUUGAGUGGUCAUCAUCUCCAAGGGAGAGAGAGGACAUGUUCUUUCCACAUCUUGAUGAUUCCUCUUACAAAGCUGAGGCAGCUGAGAGGAAGAGGAGGGAAGCUGCUCUCCAGAGCAGCCUCAGGCAGCUGAAGGAGCCUCUGGAUGAGCGCUACAUUAAGAACGCUGCUGUGCUCCCUGACCUCCGCCAGCCAACCUCAGCACCGGCAUCCAUCCAAAACCUAAAGCCCAGCUUCAGCAAUGGACCACAGCUCCAAGAGGAGCCUCUGAGGAUCCACGGCUACAAUGUGGAGGACUUCAAGAGAAUUUACCACUCCGUGGUGGAUCCAAAGUUGACCACCAAGUCUGGCAAUGCUUGCCGUUAUGACCUUCAGAUGGGCCGAGUGAUCAAACAGCGAAUGUGGGAGAAGUUCAACUGCCCUUCGUUUGUGGAGACAGUAGAUGCAGAUGGCCGAGUCCAAAUCUCAGAGUCCUAUUGCAGUCCGACCCUGAAGCCUCAUGCACCUGUCUUUGAAGUGGAUAUUAGUGAGGAGCCCCUGCCUGAGCAGCCAAAGAGAAAGAGGGCCAGGCGAUGAACUCAUAAAUUAGGCUAUUCAAAUUGGACUUAAUAAAAAUGAUAAUUAUGAACUUCUAUUCUAAAUUCAUUAAAUUAUGUGGACAUUAUAUUUCAUUUCAUGUAUUGGAUUGCUAAAUUUAAUAUUUCAUUGAUGAAUUGUCAAUUUAUUAGAAUAAUAUAUACCGUAUAUUUUAAUAAUGUAUUAAAUUAAAGUCACACUAUAAUGUAUUAAAUUAAAUUAAAAAUAAAAACACAUUUAUUAUACCAAAACAUUUCACACUGU